CGGGCCCGCCGGGGCGGGGUGCCGCGAUGCCGCGGGCACCGGGGCCGGGACCGGGGUCAGGAGCGGGGGCAGGGCGGGAGGCGGCUGGUCGCCGCCGGCAUCGUGCCCCCUGCCCUGCCUAGGCCGUGCCGGGGGCUGCUGAGCCGCUCCCGCCGCCGCGCAGUUCGCCCGGGCCUCCGGUGCCGUCGGGAGGAGCCGCGAAGGUCUUGCCCUGAGGAAUGGCUGCAGAUGUCCACAAGAAGAAAGGCUGGGAAGUGCCCAAUGGGUCCCUGGCGCCAGGAGAUGGGCAGCACACGGAGCGGUCCGAGAGCCCCACACCGGGGCUGGCGCAGGGGACAGAGCCAGGGGCGGGCCAGGAGGGAGCCAUGUUUGUGCACACCUGCUCCUAUGAGGACUUGACAAGUCCCGAGGACGGGGCGGCCGCGACGCGGAGCCCAGAAGAGAGGCAGGGGGAGCCGGCUGAGCCGACCAGCAUGGAGCAGAUCAGCAAGGACUUCAGCGAGCUGAGCACACAGCUCACGGGCAUGGCCCUCGACCUGGAGGAAGAGAUGAGGCAGAGCCAGGAGGGGAAGCUGGAGCCGUCCCCACAGACCACCCGCCGCGACUCAGUGCUGUCGAGCAAAGAGGAGGAGGACGUGACCAUGGACGCCUGGCGCAUGCACCGGAAGCACGUCUUCGUGCUGAGUGAGGCGGGCAAGCCCGUGUACUCCCGCUACGGCUCUGAGGAGGCCCUCUCCAGCACCAUGGGUGUCAUGAUGGCCUUGGUGUCCUUCCUGGAGGCUGAGAAAAAUGCCAUCCGGUCUAUCCAUGCAGAUGGCUACAAGGUGGUCUUUGUGCGGAGGAGCCCACUGGUGCUGGUGGCAGUGGCGCGGACCCAGCAGUCAGAGCAGGAGAUCGCCCACGAGCUGCUCUACAUCUACUACCAGAUCCUGAGCCUGCUCACCUGGACCCAGCUCAACCACAUCUUCCAGCAGAAGCAGAACUAUGACCUGCGCAGACUCCUGGCUGGCUCCGAGCGCAUCACCGACAACCUGCUGGACCUCAUGGCCCAUGACCCCAGCUUCCUGAUGGGCGCCGUGCGCUGCCUGCCCCUGGCCGCCAGCGUCCGGGACGCUGUCAGCACCAGCCUCCAGCAGGCCAAGGCCAAGAGCCUGGUCUUCUCUAUCCUCCUAUCAGGGAACCAGCUUGUGUCUCUUGUGAGAAAGAAGGAUCAGUUCCUCCACCCUAUUGAUCUCCAUCUGCUCUUUAACCUCAUCAGCUCUUCUUCCUCUUUCCGGGAGGGUGAAGCCUGGACUCCCAUUUGCCUCCCUAAGUUCAACUCCAGUGGCUUCUUCCAUGCCCACAUCUCCUACCUGGAACAGGAGAUGGAUCUGUGCCUCCUGCUGGUCUCCACUGACCGCGAGGACUUCUUCACCGUCUCCGACUGCAAGCGGCGCUUCCAGGAGCGCCUGCGGCGGCGCGGGGUGCACCACGCUCUGCAGGAGGCCCUGCGUGCCCCCUUCUACAGUGUUGCCCAGGUGGGCAUCCCUGACCUCCGGCACUUCAUCUAUAAGUCCAAGAGCUCUGGGCUCUUCACCAGCCCAGAGAUUGAGGCACCCUAUGUGUUGGAGGAGGAGAAGGAAAGGCUCUUGGGUCUCUACCAGUACCUCCACAGCCGGGCUCACAAUUCUUCACGCCCUCUGAAGAACAUCUACUUCACAGGCCCCCGGGAGAACCUUCUGGCGUGGGUAACCAGCGCCUUCGAGCUCUAUGUAUGCUACAGUCCCCUGGGGACCAAGGCCGGUGCCAUCAGUGCUGUCAACAAGCUCAUGAAGUGGAUCCGCAAGGAGGAAGACCGUCUCUUCAUCCUCACGCCCCAGACAUACUGACGGGCAUCACCCAGGGCAUGGUGCCAGCUGGGGGAGCCCCCACUGUGCUGGGGAGUCCUUCCCUUGGGGAAGCCUGGGCUGUGAGUCCUGGGGAGAGGGCAUGGUGGGACCCCAGAGCACAGGGAAGAGACCCAUCCAUGGGCGUGUCCAACCUGUGUGUUCAAGACAAGGUGGACAGCUGCCUGUGGAAGGGGUGAGGACUUUCUCAUCUGCAGGCAAUGCCCCCCCAGCUAGGAGGGCUGCCCUUCCUCUGUGAACCCCUCUCUGUCCCUCCUUGUGGGGGCCCUGGAGCAGGGCUACUGGUACCCUGGGUCACUGGAGGGGAGCUGAGCCCCCGGGUCCUGCUGCCUGUGGCACCCUCCUCUCAGCCAUCCUGUGGCUGUGCCAAGGAUUGGGGGGUUCCCAGGAGAGACAUGGCAGCACUUAGGAGGACCCUUUUGCUGCUGUGGCUGCAGAGGGUGGGUGACACCAUCCAGGUGGGGGACAGGGCUGGCCUGCUCUCCCUGCCCUGGGGGAGCUGGACUCCCCAUGUGCCAGGCAGCCCUGGAGCCCUGCCCUGGUGUAUUUUACCCCUUCCACUGUGGCUGUCCCUGGGGAUGCUGACAGGCAGGGUGGUGUGUCAGCCUGCCCUGGCCAGGGCAGCAGGGUCCUGCCCACCUCCACACGGGGACACAGAACAGCCCCAGAGAGACUUGGGGUACCAGGGUGUCCAUAGGGGUGCUUGUGGGCUUGCAGUGAUGGCUCCUGGGCAACAGACCCUAAAGGGGCAGCUCAUGCACAGCCCUGAGCAGAUUCUGCUGGCACAAGGCCCUGGUGCUCCCCAGCCCAAGGAAGGUCAUCCGCUCGGUGCAGGGGCACCUGCCCCCCAAUCCCAGCCCCUCAAGCUUGCUGCACAAUGGCUGCCUCCUCCCUGACCGUCCCCAGUUUCCGGUGUGGGGCUGGGGCACAGCCUGAGCCCCUGUUGGGGUCUUUCUGGUGGGGUGUGCAAGGAGGGGCAGAGCCACCGGGGUGACACCGAGGGAGCUGGGAAGGACCUGGCAGGGCUAAUGCAAGGACUCUGCUCCCGUAUUUAAGCUCCUGCCAGAGUGUAAUCACUUGUCUUUGCUCAUAAACAUUAUCUGGACCCGAA